GGCCAGGCUAGGCUACCCUGCACCCCCGCUGUUCUCUCCCCCCUGGCUUUGCCCGCCUGGCUUGGCGUGGCACCCUCCUGGCGUGCGCCAUGUUCCACCUGGUGCUUGUGAGUGGGUUGCUGACAGGGAUGUCGUCGUGGGGGUCCUUCGCCCUCCUCCGGGAGUCCAGCCUUGAUGAAGAACAGCCGCUCGAGUCGUCUGUCGUUACCCUCAAUGAGAGCUGCAGGGAGCGGGCCCUCCAGGAAGUGGGCUCUGCCACGCUCCGGUUGCUCCGGUUGGACAGCCCCCCCAGGAUCGCAGCUGGCACAAGGAGGCAGGCGCAUGAAGCUUGGGAAAUGAUGGAACUGCCGGAUCUGUCCAGUGGGGGGCAGCAUUUCAAUCUUUCGUCCAAUGAGACACUGCUGGUCCGAAGAGAAAGCUGCACCCAAAUUUCCCACCAUGUCACGUUGGAAGAUCUUGGCUGGCAAAGCUGGGUGCUGCACCCGGUGUCCUUCGUCUUCACCCAGUGCCUCGGGUGCCGCUGCCGACGAAAGGACAAGGCCCCUCCGCUGGCCCUUUGGAUUCAAGACUGCGGACUUGAGCAGCCGAGCCGUCGGCCAGAUGGGCAAGCCAAGCAGAGACACUGCUGCCAGACCCGCCGGGCACCGAUGCCCUUCGUGUUCCUCAAAGAGGACGGCUCGUUGGUCAUUCGAGCAAUCCGCCUGGAACGAGACUGCCACUGCCGCCCCUGAGGCUUUGCCCCCAUCCUGGCUGGCGUGGAAGGCGCCCCACGCCGAGGGGGACGGGAAUUUGUAACGGAGGACUGCUGGAGCAUCAACAGAGGACGCCCCCAAUUGGCAGUUGUCAGUGUUGGGGCAGAGCAGUGGAAGAACCUUUCUCCCACAAGGGACAUUAAUGGGGUGAGAAGGGAGUCCGUUUCUCUUCAUGCUUGGUUGCUACAGAGGAAUCCUCUGAUCCAAAUGGAAUCGGAGAAUACUAUCCCCUUCACAAGUUGCUGGGACUUCAACUUUCCAUUAUCCCUCACUGCUGGCCAUGCUGUCCAGAGAUGAUGGGAUUUGGAGUCCCAACAAUUUCUGGAGGGCCACCGGUUCCUCAUCCUGGAAACAAAAGAUAACCUUCAACUGAUUUUGCUGUUGAAGGUCACCAAAGAAUUGUGAUAUAUAUAUAUAUACACCAUUACAAAACUACAACCCAAAGGCAGCGUCUCUGGGGGAUAAGUUACUUCAUCACCGAGUGAAGUUUGUACCUCCGUAGCUCAUGAAAGGACCUCCAUGGUGGUGGCUCCCUGGCAUUGGAAUGACUUCCUUCUUGAGAUCCAGCUAGUGUUUGGGCACCAGCUGAAAACUUACCUCUUUAGCCAGGCUUUUUAUGACAUGGGUUCUUGAUGUAUUAAGCCACUGACUUUUGUAGUAAGGAGGGUAAGUUGUCAUACUGCUUGAUUUCAUAUUAAUAUUUGUUUGUUUACUGGAAUUGUUGUACUGUUAAGUUUCAUUUUAUAUUUGAUAUACCCUGAUUCAGGAUCGUUUGCGUGUUGAAGGACAGGGUGAAAAUGAAUCUCUUUUGAGUUGUACCUUACAAUGAGCUUGCCCGUCUCUUCCCGUUAUUUGGCCCUUGCAGGUCCUAUGGCUUCCCUAGUCUGGUGCCCUUUCAGAUGUUUUGGACUACAAUUCCCAUCAGCUCAAACCAACACAGCCAGUGCAGGGAGUUGUAGUCCCACAGCAUCCGAUAGGAAAGGGCUGCCCUUAACACUACAACUAGAUCUGCAUACAAGUACCAUCUCCAUGCCAUCGGAAACAUCUUCUGUUGGUUUUUGCAGAUCAAGCUGCUGAUAAAUGCACAGGAGCAGGUCAGGCUGUUUUUCUUUUUGAUAAGUUGGCAACCCUGUCAUAUAAGCAUGGUUGACACCCAUAGAAUAGAAUGUUAACGUUGGAAGGGGCCUCAAAAAAGUCAUUUAGUUCAAUAAGAAGAAUGAGAUUGACAGCAGUUAGAAAAACUCAUCCCUGGUAUGUGAGUGAAGGAAACUCCUCUGAGUUGUGACAGUUAAAACAGGCAAGGAAUUAAGUUUAAUUUUUCGUUAUGGACAUGGCCACAAAGUCAAUGGCUGCAGUUCUGGCAAGGGCACAGGGUGAAGGGGGCAAAUUUUGUAUCUUAUCCGUAUAAAGAAAUGCAUGCAGAUUUAACACUAAAAAUGUAUUGACUAUUUUAA